CAGCUCUGACGGCGGAAGGAGGCGGGGAGCGGCCCCCCUAAUCACUGUGGGCUCCGAGCGGCCGAGUUGGCCGCCUCAGCACAGCCGGGUCGGGGUUUACCGCGACCGUUGCACGCACCCCGCCGGCGCCCGUCCGGUCAGCCUCCACCCAACGCCGCCUCUGGGGUUCCCUGCUCCCGCCGUCUCCUCUACUGACGCAGUCUGUGCCGCACCAGCUUCUAACAUGGCGGCGGCGGCGAGGCAGUAGGAGCGCGGGCAGCGAGCCGGGCCGCGAGCGGGGCAACCUGAGGAUGCCAUGUGCUGAAUCUGCAUUCCUGCUGGACCUCUGAGAGUGUAUAUUCUUUAAACUUUUGAAGCCAUGGGAAUCAAGGUCCAGCGGCCACGUUGCUUUUUUGACAUAGCCAUCAACAAUGUACCUGCUGGAAGAGUGGUCUUUGAAUUGUUUUCUGAUGUGUGCCCAAAGACGUGUGAGAAUUUUCGCUGCCUUUGCACAGGUGAAAAAGGUACCGGAAAAUCGACCCAGAAGCCACUGCAUUACAAAAGUUGUCUGUUUCACCGAGUUGUGAAAGAUUUUAUGAUCCAAGGAGGUGACUUCAGUGAAGGAAAUGGGAGAGGAGGAGAAUCCAUUUAUGGUGGUUUUUUUGAAGAUGAAAGCUUUGCUGUAAAGCACAACAAAGAAUUUCUUCUGUCAAUGGCCAACAGAGGGAAAGAUACAAACGGUUCACAGUUCUUUAUAACAACCAAGCCUACACCUCACUUAGAUGGACUUCAUGUUGUUUUUGGACAAGUCAUCACAGGACAGGAAGUUGUGAGAGAGAUAGAAAACCAGAAAACAGAUGCAUCUAGUAAACCGUAUGCUGAAGUACGAAUACUGAGUUGUGGAGAGUUGAUUCCAAAAUCCAAAGCCAAGAAAGAAGAGAGGAAAAGACACAAGUCUUCUUCCUCAUCCAGCGAUUCAGAAAGUUCAAGUGAUUCAAAAUCUUCCUCUGAUUCAUCAUCUGAUUCUGAAAGUGCUUCUGAAGAGAAACCUAAGAAGAGAAAAAAGAAACACAAGAAAAAUUCUAGAAAACAUAAGAAGGAAAAGAAAAAGAGAAAGAAAAGUAAGAAAAGCUCAUCCAGUGAAAGUGAAGAUGAAAACCCUGAAGCACAGCCAUUGUCUACUGUCCGUCCCGAAGAGAUCCCUCCUGUACCAGAAAACAGGUUCCUCAUGAGAAAAAGUCCUCCUAAAAUAGAUGAAAAAGAAAAAGAAAGGAAGAGUAGGGAGAAGGAAAGAGAGAGUAAUCCAUCAAAUUCCCAGUCGUCAUACCAGAGAAGGCUUUUAGUGACCAGAUCUGGAAGGAAAAUAAAAGGAAGAGGACCAAGGCGCUAUCGGACGCCUUCCAGAUCCAGGUCAAGGGAUCGCUUCAGACGCAGUGAGACUCCUCCACAUUGGAGGCAGGAAAUGCAAAGAGCUCAAAGAAUGAGAGUUUCCAGUGGAGAAAGAUGGAUAAAGGGAGACAAGGGUGAAGUAAAUGAAAACAAGAAAGAUGUUCAAAAAAGCCCUGGGAGAGGAAAAGAGAGAAAAGUAUCAGACCACAGACAAGUCUCUGAGAGUCCAAACAGAAGAGGGGAAAAGGAGAAGAAGACAAAAGACCACAAAUCCAGUAGUAAAGACAGGGAGACAAGGAGGAAUUCAGAAAAAGACGAUAAGCAUAAUAAAAGCAAGGCCAAGAAAAGAGCUAAAUCUAAAAGCCGGAGCAAAAGCAAAGAGAAAUCAAAGAGCAGAGAAAGAGACUCUAAGCACAACAGACAUGAAGAAAAGAGAGUGAGGUCAAGAAGCAGAGAGAGGGAUCAUGAGAGAGGUAAAGACAAGCACUAUGAUUCUAGAGGGAGAGCUAAAGAAAGGAGCAGAAGUAAGGAGAGGUGUAAAAGUGCAGGAUCAAAAAGUAAUGAACAAGAUCACAGUAAAAGCAAAGAUAGGGAGAAACAUGCUAAGUCAAGGAGCAAAGAACGUGAGCAGACUAAAGGAAAACAUAGUUCCAAUAAUAAAGCAAGAGAACGGAGCAGAAGCAGAGACAAGGGGAAGAGAGCCAGAUCUAGAAGUAAAGACAGAGACCGGAGUAGAAGUAAAGAGCAUUCAAAAAAUGAAGAUAAAGAAGCAAAAAGAAAAGGAAGAUCAAGAAGUAGAGAGAGAAAAGGCACACCAGAAAAAUCUAAAGGAAAAGAGAAUAAGAGGAGGAGAGACUCAAGGAGCCAUGAAAGAGAAGAAAGUCAAAGCAGAAACAAAGAGAAGUAUCUGAACAGAGAAAGCAGAAGUUCACAUAAGAAAAAUGACGCUGAAAGCCAAAGGAAGAAGCGUUCAAAAAGCCAUGAAAGUAGUAGCCCUGAGACCAAUAAAGAUAAAAAGGCUAGUAGAGAUCAGGAUAAAAGUCCAGACUCAAAGAGAAGACAAAGCAGUAAGGAUAGAGAAUUUAAAAAAUCGUCUACACACAGGAGUAGGGAAAAAGAGAAGACUAGAUCCUCAUUAGAAAAAGAAAUUAACCAAAAAUCAAAGAGUCAGGAAAGAGACCAUGCCGAUCGUAAGGAUAAAAAGUCUGAUCACGAAUCAAGUCCUGGAACAGAUGAAGACAGACGUGGAUGAGCUAUGGACUUGUUGUUUCCAUUCUGUCUCAAAGUUUGAGACAUUUUGGGGAACACCUUUUUUUUUUAAUGUGGACUUCAGUUUGGUCUUUUGAUAAUCUAAAACCUGGAUCAUUUGUACCGCGAAAGUUUUAAUAAACUUGAAAUGAGAAACA